GCGGCGGGGCCGGCGCUCGGCUGCGCCCCGAUGCGGCGGCGACCCCGGGGGCUGUGAGCCCGGCGCCCGCCGUCGGAGCCCCCCGCGCCGCCGCGGGCAGCGCCCCUCGGGCACGCGGCAUGCGGGCGGCCGACUCCGGCACCUGGGAGCGCGUCCGCCAGCUCGCGGCUCAGGGCGAGCCGGCGCCUUCCUGCGGGGCGGGGGCUGGGCCGGCGCGCCCCCCGCGACCGACAGCCUGCGAGCCGGGUGCGGACGCGGCGGGGCCCGGCGAUCGGCCCCGCGCCGGGGCGCCCUCCGUUCGAGCGGAUGGCGACUGCAGCCAGCCGGCACUGCUGCGGGAGGAAGUGUCCCGGCUCCAGGAGGAAGUCCACCUUCUCCGGCAGAUGAAGGAGAUGCUGAUGAAGGACCUGGAGGAGUCGCAGGGCGGCAAGUCCUCCGAGGUCCUCGCGGCCACCGAGCUCAGGGUCCAGCUGGCCCAGAAGGAGCAGGAGGUAGCCAGAGCCAAAGAAGCGUUGCAGGGUGAGUGACAAGUCGCCAACAGCUCCCUCCCCUCCCUCGCCUGGGCCUCAGCUGGGGCCACAAGGACACCAGGAGCCAGGGUCCUGCCUCUGCAGGGGCAGUGAGGGAUGUGGCCCCAGGAGUCUGCCAGCACCCAGCCCCCAGCCCAGGCUGCCCCUUCCUUUCUGGGUGGAA